AUGGACACAACUCAAGACUUGCAUGUCCGUCGCCACAAGUAUGUCAAUCCCCACAAAAACAAUGCUGCCAUCUCGGAUGACCAUGAGGGGUAUGCAAAUCUUCUUGCUUUUAUUAAACAUGCUGUAGGUAGCAAUUGCAAACUGGAAAUGUUCACCAUCAAUUUGGGAAUACACAUUCUACGUCAUCACCUCAAGAAAGAAUUCUCCACUGACAAAAGCUGUAACCUUGAGAAUCAGCAAUUCUAUUGCAGUGCUUUAGUGGCACAAGGAUUGCACUUGGGUAUUAUGAAGCAAGAAAUCAACCCUGAUGAGCUCAUGCCUAACUCCUAUGCAUUGCCAAGCCAUCAUGCCAGAUCAUUUAGCAGAGUCUUGCAACCUGGCCAAUCCUAUUCAGAGCCACAAGUGCUUGUUCAGAAAGGAAACCAUCUUGCAAGUGUUGUGGAGCUGUCAUGUUUCGCCACCGUGUCCCUUGCUGCAUCCUCUUUGGCUUUUCAGUUGUUGCUGUCAGCAUCCUGA